AAGGCAUAUACUCAGCCUGUCCCUGUCACCAAUUCCCCAAACCACAGACCAAUGCACAGUUAGAAAGACGCGAAGAAUAAAAAUAAGAAAGUAGUUUUAUUGUAUUAUAUUACUGAGAAUAAAGCGCGGCUAAAAAGCCUAUAACCACAUCAUUAGUCUUCGUUUCGGCAACAUAGCUAUUUAACAACAUCAACUCUUCUUGAAUACAAGAGAACUAUUGGGCAGUGACGAUGUCACUAUUGGAGGCAUAAAAUAGAGAGCUUUGAAAGACAAAAAAACACUAGGACUGUAAAUUCUUGCGGAGAUUCAGCGUUCUCCCCCUUGAAGUGUCAAAAAAAAAAUAUAGAUUAGUUUAUUCUAUCCUUCAUGUUGCGCAUUUUACGACCAUUAACUAACUCAUCAAGACCGAUAUCACAAGCAUAUCGUUAUUACAGUAGCCCAACAGCUAAAAUCGAGAAAGAGCCAUUGUCACCAUUAGCAAAACAUUUACAUGAUUCUAUCAAGAUAUCGGGGCCACUUACUGUAGCACACUUUAUGCGUCAGGUGCUCGUGAACCCAUUAAGUGGAUACUAUAUGUUAGGCGACGUGUUUGGAAAACAGGGUGACUUUAUUACUUCACCAGAGAUCAGUCAAGUCUUUGGAGAGUUAUGUGGUAUCUGGUACUUGACAGAAUGGAUGAGGCUGGGCAAACCAGAAAAGACACAAAUCAUCGAAUUUGGUCCAGGUCGUGGUACAUUGAUGAAUGAUAUGUUGAGGGCAUUAUCGCAUUUUCCUCAUUUUUAUAAAACAAUCACUGAUAUUCGAUUGAUUGAAGCAAGUCCUGGGCUACGCAAGAUGCAGAGAGCGGCUCUAGUCAAAGGAUCAGAAGAUAAAGACGUUUUACGACAAGAUAAAGGGUCAGGCAUCGAAACAAUUACUCGUGACGAUGGCAUUACCAUCUCCUGGUGUGAUGGUAUCGAGCUUGUUCCAGACCAAUGGUCAUUCGUUAUGGCUCAUGAGUUCUUUGAUGCUCUACCAAUUCACAUCUUUGAGAAAGUGGAGUCAGAAUGGAAGGAAGUGUUGAUAGAUAUUGAUGAUGAUAACGAAAAGGAAUAUAACUUUCGUUUUGUAACAUCUGCUCAACCAACAGCAGCGACAAAAGCCUUUUUAGACGACGAGCGAUUUAAAUCAUUCAAGGACGGAGAUAGAGUUGAGAUUUCUCCUGAUAGUUGGAAUUAUAUUCAUGCUAUUGCGCAAUACUUGAAUAGAAAUGGUGGAACGGGGUUAGUCAUUGACUAUGGACAAGAUUAUAUUCAAGGACAUACAUUGAGAGCAAUUAAGAAUCACAAAAUCAUUCAUCCAAUGAGUGAUCCAGGUACUGCUGAUUUAAGUGCAGACGUCGACUUUGCAUAUCUAAAACAAGUAAUUAAAGAACGAUCAGAUAUCAUCACUUUUGGCCCCAUCACACAAUCAGAAUUCUUACAGUCUCUUGGUAUACAUGCCAGAGUAGAAAAAUUAUUUAGAAGUGCGAAAUCAUCGGCUAGUCGAAAGGCAAUCCUUGACGGAGCAGAACGUUUAAUGGAUCCCAAGCAGAUGGGAAGAAUAUACAAGGUUUUGGCCUUUUCUAAAAGUAACAAUGUUGAUUCCGGGUUUCCAGUUGGAUUUGAGAAUAAAAGUACUUGAAUAAAU